GGAUGUCGAGGCCUCGAGGGACAACAAACAAAUUCAGUAUUUGUUUCGAUUAAUUUAUACGUGGUAAAUGAAUUGAGUAACAUUGGGUUGGUUACCAGUAAAUAGUGUGGCAGCCGUGUAAAAUGUGUGCUAUACCUUGAAGUCAGCAAUGGGCCGUACUCGGCGCAGAAGAAACAAAAAGAAGGCGCGCGAUUUUUGCGCUUGUGAUGAUCAAGAAGAGAUAAUUUUACUGAACUCUUGGCUUUCUAAACAUGACAUGCGUUACAAUGACAAGCUACACCUGGCUGUAUUUCAAGAAACAGGCCGUGGUGUACUCACAAAAAAGAAAAUACGAAGUGGAGAGGAACUUAUGAAUUUACCUUUGAACUUGACUAUCAACGUGACUACAAUUUUGUUGGACAACCUAUUUUGUAACAUAUUUUUCGAGAAUUCCAAAAGAUGUUUAGUAGAAUAUAAGCAAUCUAUUUCUUUCCAGUCUCUUAUGGCAUUUUACCUCGCGUUUUUACGAUUCCAAAGUGACAAUACAAAGUGGCAUAUUUACCUCGAAAGUUUGCCAAAAGAUUACUCUGUUCCAUACUUUCUGCCAAAUGACGUGAAGCUAAAUAUUGAUAGUGACAUUCUGUCUGUGAUCUCCAAGCAAAAAAAUAUCAUUGAUUCCUCCUAUAGUAUUUUUGAAAAUGUUUUAUUGAGUAAUGUGAGUGUACAUAAUACAAUAAGAGAAUUUAAGAAGAACUUUUCGUUGGCUGAUUAUGAAUGGGCCUACUUCACAGUAAACACAAGGUGUGUGUUUAUGGAUCUGACUAAAGUAAUUGAUUUGAAAAAUAUUGAGAACUCUAUUAUAACCCUUAUAAACGAUAACACCAAAAUAUCAUUAUGUCCGUACCUAGACAUGAUCAACCACAGUCCAAAUGCAAGAAAUGAGACCCAGUUAUUAGUGAGCAAGAAUAUAGAGAAUGUUAACAUAAAUAGUUUAAGCGAAGACUUAUUUUCAGAUGUACAAUUUUCAAUAUACACCAAAAAUGAUUUUGAUCCUUAUACACAAGUAUUCAUAUGUUACGGGGACAGCCAUAAUUUGAAACUGAUUACAGAGUAUGGGUUUUUCUUACCAGCAAAUGAUUUGGAUUAUGUGUCUUUUACCUUUGAAGAUGUGACUUUGUUCUUAAAAACAAAGAAUAUCAAGUUAUCCCAAGAUCAGCUAUCCUUUAUAAACAAUCACGGGUUGAGUAAAGAUCUAUACAUUGAUAGCAAAGGACUUAGUUAUAAUUUUUAUGGUUUACUACUAGUUGUGAAGUACUACUACGAUCAGAAUACAGAUGUGAGUAGAUUGAUAUACUCUGCUGCCAUUUGCUCCAAUGAUAACAACUUGAAUGAUAUUGUUGCGCCAAUGGUCAGAGAUAAACUGCUCAGCAUAAAAGAGUCUUUAAAUAAACUAAGCAAUGUCAAUAAGUGUGUUAUUUUAAAUAACUGUGUAGAACUUAUGUGUCAGUAUGUUAGAAUAUUGGAAAAGUUUAUUAAAUGUUAGAUACAUAA